GAGAGUGGAGGUGGUAGCGGGACUAGCAGGCCGGGCCUUGGGGUCUGCCUGGGCCAGGUUGAGGGGGCUGCCAUGGAGCUGUGGCGCCAGUGUGCCCACUGGCUUAUCCAGUGCCGGGUGCUGCCCCCCAACCACCGAGUGACGUGGGAUGGGGCCCAGGUCUGUGAGCUUGCUCAGGCCCUCCGCGAUGGCGUUCUCCUCUGUCAGCUGCUCAACAACCUACUGCCCCAUGCAGUCAACCUUCGCGAGAUCAACCUGCGUCCCCAGAUGUCCCAGUUCCUUUGUCUCAAGAACAUCCGCACCUUCCUGUUGGCCUGCUGUGAGAAGUUUGGCCUUCGCAGGAGCCAGCUGUUUGAGGUCUUUGACCUUUUUGAUGUGCAGGACUUUGGGAAGGUAAUCUACACCUUGUCAGCUCUGUCAUGGACAACAAUUGCCCAGAACAGGGGGAUCAUGCCUUUCCCCACAGAUGAAGACAAUCUUGGGGAUGAGGACAUCUACAGUGGACUGUCGGAUCAGAUCGAUGACACCGUGGAGGAAGAUGAGGACCUCUAUGAUUGUGUGGAGAACGAGGAGGCAGAAGGAGAUGAGAUCUAUGAAGACCUUAUGCGCACAGAACCCACGCCCAUGCUGCCAAAGAUGACCGAACUGGACAAGAGGGCCUGUUGUCUCAGGGAGAUCCAGCAGACAGAAGAGAAAUACACUGACACCCUCAUCUCUAUCCAGCAGCACUUCAUGAAGCCCCUGCAGCGGUUCCUAAAACUAGAAGACAUUGAGAACAUCUUUAUCAACCUGGAGGACCUUCUCAGUGUCCACAGCAGCUUCCUGAGGGACCUGAGGGAAGCGCUUUCUGCCAAUGGUGGCCUGGAGCUUUACCAGGUGUUCAUCAGCUAUAAGGAAAGGUUUCUCAUAUAUGGCCGUUACUGCAGCCAGGUGGAGUCAGCCAGCAAGCACUUGGACCGAGUAGCUAGCAUGCGGGAGGAUGUGCAGAUGAAGCUGGAGGAAUGUUCCCAGAGAGCGAACAAUGGGCGAUUCACUCUGAGAGACCUGCUCAUGGUGCCCAUGCAGCGGGUGCUAAAGUACCAUCUCCUCCUUCAGGAGCUGGUGAAGCAUACAACGGAUGCCACAGAGAAGGAAAAUAUGCGACUGGCACUGGAUGCCAUGAGGGAUUUGGCCCAGUGUGUGAAUGAGGUCAAGAGAGACAAUGAGACACUGAAGCAGAUCACCACCUUCCAGCUCUCCAUUGAGAACUUGACGAAGAACCUGGCCCACUAUGGACGGCCCAAGAUCGACGGGGAGCUCAAGAUUUCCACCUCGGAGAGGAGAUCCAAAAUAGACAGGUACGCUUUCCUCCUGGACAAAGCCCUGCUCAUCUGUAAGAGGCGAGGGGACAUCUAUGACCUAAAGGACUUUGUGAACCUGCCCAAUUAUCAGGUCCGAGAUGACUCCUCUGGGGAGCGAGAUAACAAGAAGUGGACCCACAUGUUUCUCCUGAUCGAGGACCAGGGAACCCAGGGCUACGAGCUCUUCUUUAAGACAAGAGAACUGAAGAAGAAAUGGAUGGAGCAGUUCGAGAUGGCCCUUUCCAAUAUUUACCCUGACAAUGCCACUGCCAACGGCCAUGACUUCCAGAUGUUCUCCUUUGAGGAGACUGCCUCCUGCAAAGCCUGCCAGAUGCUGCUGAGAGGCACCUUCUAUCAGGGAUAUCGCUGCCACCGCUGUCGGGCACCUGCUCACAAGGAGUGUCUGGGGAGGGUGCCUGCCUGUGGCCGACAUAGCUCAGAUCAUGGGAAUACCUUGAGAAAGCACAAGACUAGCCGAUCGGCCCAGGACAAGAGCAGAAAUGAACUGGGCUUGCCCAAGAUGGAGGUGUGCCAAGAGUACUAUGGGCUGCCUCCACCCCCUGUAGCCUUUGGCCCUUUCUUGAGGCUGAACCCCGGAGACAUCGUGGAGCUGACCAAGGCAGAAGCUGAGCAGAACUGGUGGCAGGGCAGAAACACGGCUACCAAUGAGACAGGAUGGUUUCCUUGCAAGAAAGUCAAGCCUUAUGUUCACGGCCCCCCACAGGAUCUGUCUGUCCAUCUUUGCCCCUUCCUUUGUGGUCAUCUGUCCGGCAGGUAUGCAGGUCCCAUGGAGCGCGCAGGGGCAGAGAACAUCCUCACCAAUCGUUCUGAUGGGACCUUCCUGGUGCGGCAGAGGGUGAAGGACAGUGCGGAGUUUGCCAUCAGCAUCAAGUUCAAUGUAGAAGUGAAACAUAUCAAGAUCAUGACAGCCGAGGGGCUGUACCGGAUCACAGAGAAGAAGGCGUUCAGGGGGCUUGUGGAGCUGGUGGAGUUUUACCAGCAAAACUCCCUGAAAGAUUGUUUCAAGUCCCUCGACACUAUGCUUCAGUUCCCCUUUAAGGAGCCAGAGAGGAGGGCCAUCUCCAGAACCCCAGCUACAGGGAGCACCAGAUACUUUGGGUCGGCCAAAGCCCGCUACGACUUCUGCGCCCGGGACCGCACCGAACUGUCCCUCAAGGAGGGUGACAUCAUUAAGAUUAUCAGCAAGAAGGGGCAUCAGGGCUGGUGGCGAGGGGAGAUCUAUGGCCGGAUCGGCUGGUUUCCAUCCAACUACGUGGAGGAAGACUAUUCUGAGUAUUGCUAAGGCUACUGCCGGGUUUCCACAGAGUUGAGGCUUUCUGAAGCAGGGAACCCAGAGGCCAGCCUGAAGGGGACCACUGGGGGUCUAGGAGGGCUCUUCUUGUCAGGUGCCCAGGCCCCAGGACUGCUAAUUUAUGAAACCCUGCUUCCUCCCUGGGUGAAGGAAGCCAAUUUAAAUAAAAAGCUAAAAGAAGAGGAUGAGGGGGUGGGGUGGUCUGUCCUUGCCCACGAGGAGCCUGACGGCCCAUCAUCUCUGAGGGGACAAGAAAGAAGAAAGGGAACUUCGGUGCUGGUGAGUGGGUGAGAGCAGAGAUGAGCUGGGGCUGAGUCCUGCUCGGCAGAGGCAAAGCGGCCCCCAGGUUGGAGGGGGCUGCCCUAUCUCUCUCUCAGCCUUACCACUUCCUGCUCCACACUAUCAUUCCUCCCUCCCCCCAUCACCACAUGUGGGUGCAUACACACAUACUCUUGUUCCCUCACACACACACACACACACACACACACACCCUCACUUCCAGUCACAGUCACAUGUUGACACAGAGAUACAAAAAAUCCCAAGUAUGCAGAGAUAUGUUCAGACAUACAGAGUCACCCAUGUAACAUAUCUACAAAUAAAGACUUUAUAUAAGUGGC